AUGAAGGUCGUCGAAGCUCAGGCUGCCGUGCUCUCCAACUACGAGGUGCUGCAGCAUCUGACCCAGCAAAAGGACCGAUACAAGCAGAGGAAGCGUCGUGGCCCUCCCAAUCUAGAGACGGUUGUCAGAGAGCUCAUCCAAUAUCUGCAGUCAUAUCCCAACCCGCUGAGCCAAAAGCCCAGCACAUACACCCCUGGCUGCAUCUCCCAGCUGCUUGAGCGCCUAAGCCCGUAUGAGCUCUCCAAGGGCGAGGUCGUCAUGAUUCUCAACCUUCGCCCGGCCUCGGUGGCGGCUCUCAACACCGUCAUCGAGGAGAUGUCGGAGCGCUUCAGCGACGAGCAGCAAGAGGAGAUGGUGACCAUUAUUCUGCAAGUUUUGGGCCAGUUUGAGGCGGCGGAUCCUAAUGCCAACGGCAACGCAGAUGAAGCCGCAGAGCCAUGA